AUUUUUCUGACUAAACACCCUAUACACAUUUAAUUGACUAUGCUAACUAAUGGACUAUCACCUCAACUUACACAUGCACCCCAAUAUAGUUUCUGAUAUUAUUUUCAUUUGCCUUUAUUGGCUAUAUGUACUCUAUUAUUCAUGGAUUUAUAACUGUAGAGCCUGAAGAAGAAGUUAUCGAAAACAAUUGUUCGCUCAAAAUCUUGUUUUGAUUUCAAUAUGGGGAUUUUUCAUUUACUAAUAACAGUGUGUCCAUCAAAAAAACAAUACUGGAGGGUUAUAUAAAUAACGCAGAAAACUUCACUCUUUCCCUCUCUAUCUAGUGGACUUAUUCCAGUUAAACAAAACAAAAAAAUAAUUGUGUAUAUAUUUUGUACUCUGCAUUGAAUUUUGAACAUAUUUGAUUGAAUUUUUCAAUAUAUCAGCAUCAUCAUCAUCAUCGUUGUCUCAGUGCUAGAAUGUGUGAACCAAGUGAAGUCGGGGAUAAUGGUCUUAUCUAUUCAGGUGUAGCAUUGAAAGAAAUUAAAUAUGCCUCGAUAAGUUUAUCAUUUAUCAAUACACUACUCAAUCCAUUCUUUAUCUAUUUAAUAUUGAAUAUAACACUGCCUGGUCAACUACUCAGCCUGUUAAUCAUGCUACAGAUAACAUUUGAAUGGCUUAAAUCACUGGGUGAAAUUAUACACUUCUUCUGUCCAGUUAUUAAGCGUACACCGGAAUUAUGGUUCAACAUAUUAAUAUGUCAUAUGUGGAGUAGUACAUUUCUAUAUACCUUGUUAGAAUUAUUUUGUAAACAAAAUGUUGCUAGUAUGCUAAUUGAAAGAUGUUUUUAUGCCUUAAUGCCGGAUAAAGAUUUAAUUUAUUAUCCAAAAACAAUCAUUGCUUAUCAUGCAUUUACAUUGCUGUAUUUAUUAGCAAUCAAUAUGGGGAUAACAAUACAUGUACAUGUUACCCCAGAUGGUUCAUGUGUUCUGGAUAUUUAUGAAUUAAAUCAACAUUCAUAUAUUGUUGACUUGGCGUUCAGUUUAUUAUCUGUUGUAUUCACCAUAUUAUUACCAAUUCUAAUUGAAUUAGUCUGUUUAACUAUUAUAUUUUGGAAAUUAUAUCGUAAUAAAACUAAUCAUAGACUUAUAAGCUUACCAAAUGAUCAUAUUUAUAGAAGUCGACAAAAUAAUAUUACAAUUAUAAUUAUUAUCUGGUCGAUUAUAUCACUAUUAUUAAAUUUUAGUGAUUUAUUUGAAGCGCUUUUAUUACAAUUUCAAGGUUAUUCGUAUUUAGCACGACUCAUGGUUAUACUUAAUGAUUUUUUGGGAUCAAUUGAAAUGUUAAGUCAUUUAUUUGCUUUACUAUUUUAUGUUGAAACGAUAAGAAGUAAAUUUCAUACUUUUGUUCAGUAUAUAUUUCGUAGAAAUUGAAUUUUGUGUUUUGUUAAAUUUUAAGCGGUAAAUAUGAAUGUUGUUGUUGUGUUGUGCUGACUGGAUAAGUGUGUUAAAUUGUCAAUGUGUUGAACAUUGAACUAAUUUUUUUCUAAUUCUCCUUUAACUGUCGUUUUUUCUGUGUUAACUGAUUUGGUUAUUCUGUACGAAGAUAUUAAACAUGGAAUUGCAUUUACCUUAUCUUCAAUGAUUGCCCUGAAGGCACAUAUUUGAUUUUCUUAUGAUAAAACUUUAUUCUGAUUGCAAUACAUUUGUUGCAUUUUUGUCAAUAUUUCUGAAAAUCACUUUAAUGUGAAUUAGUAAUUGUGUUGAUUUACAACAAAACGACGAAUUUCACAAAUAUUGACAAUUUAACAAGCUGUUCUACUGAAAUAACUACUAAAGCUUAAACCAGCUUUAUGUUACCAUGUGAUUAGUAACAUAAUUAGAUGAACUAUUUUCAUAUACGUUGUUAUUUAUCAAUAACUGGAGAAAUAUCUACUAUUAUUUACGCCAUUUUAUCAAUGUUUCGGUUUAUCUCACAAUAAAAAACAAAAAGUUGGUCAUUUUUAAUACUUUAUGUUUUAAAGUCAUAUUUCAUUGUGCAUAUAUCUUUGUAUCUAUCCAAGUUUAAUGUCCUUCUUCAUAUAUAUACACUGAAGAGAAUGAAUAUUAACUGGAUGCCUACAUGGAUUGAGGUGUGUUUCAAAUAAAAGAUUCCUGUAGAAAACUCAAAGUAAAUUAUAAUCCAUUCAAUAUACUACUUAUUUUACCGUGAAAUUAACAAAAACAUUUGGUGUACGAUUUCAUCAUAUUAAAAAUUUCACUUUUUGUAUUAUUAUUAUUAUUAUUAUUA